AUGCGUCUCUUUCAACUCGCAUGGCUCCUGCUGGCCGUCACUGACGUCGCGGCCGCCUCUACGUCCUCCACCGACGGCGUCACAGCCUUCAUCAAACGCAGGCUGCCGGACCAUGUUGACAGCUUCCAAGUGAGCAUAGCAAAAGCCCCCUCGGCCUCCAUUGCGGCCAAUGACAGCUACAACGUGUCAAGCGGCGGCAAUGGCAAGAUUCACAUUCAGGGCACCUCGCCGAGCGCCAUCAUGCAGGGACUGCAUCGUUACCUCGCAGAUGUCGCUCAUGUUGAUAUUUGGUGGUUUGUAGGAAGCGAGCUGGACAAGGCCCCCAAGGCGCUUCCGCGCCUAGUCCAGCCCCUCGAGGGCUCCAGCAUCGUCCGUUUUCGUUACCACUGGAAUACAGUAACCACCUCAUAUACGAGCGCUUUUUGGUCAUGGGAGGACUGGGAGCUCCAGCUCGAUUGGAUGGCCCUACGCGGUGUCAACCUCGCUCUUGCCUGGAUCGGCGUCGAGAAAAUCUUCACUGAUGUCUUCCGCGAUAUUGGUCUCACCCAGGAAGAAAUCAGCUCUUUCCUCAGUGGUCCUGCGUUCUUGGCAUGGCAGCACUUUGGCAACAUCCAGGGAUCCUGGGGCGGCGACCUACCCCAAGCCUGGAUCGAGGACCAGUUCGAACUGCAAAAAAAGAUUGUCAAGCGCAUGAUAGAGCUCGGUAUGACACCAAUUCUACCCGCCUUUCCUGGAUUCGUUCCCGAAAACAUCACCCGCGUCUGGCCCAAUGUCAGCCUAGCCGAGAGCCCCAUAUGGAGCGGCUUCUCCGGUCGCUUCACGGCAGACAAGUACAUCACACCGUACGAUCCGCACUUUGCCGAGCUGCAAAAAGCGUUCCUCACCAAGCAAAACGAAGCCUAUGGCAAUGUGACUAGCUUCUGGACGCUUGACCAAUUUAACGAGAAUAAGCCUGCCUCGGGCGAGCUCGACUACCUGAAGAACGUCAGCCACAACACCUGGCAGACACUCAAGGCGGCCGAUCCCAGCGCUGUAUGGGUCAUGCAGGGCUGGCUGUUUGCUUCAGAUAAGACGUACUGGAUCGAUGAUCGCGUCAAGUCCUUCUUGGAUGGUGUCCCGGUCAACGAGGAUAUGCUUCUACUUGAUCUUUUCGCCGAGUCCACCCCGCAGUGGCAGCGCACAGAGUCUUUCUACGGCAAGCCUUGGAUUUGGUGUCAGCUACACGACUAUGGAGGCAACAUGGGUCUCUACGGCCAGAUUGAAAACGUCACCAAGAAUGCUGUCGAGGCCGUGCAAACGUCCAAAUCUAUUGUUGGAUUCGGCCUGUCCAUGGAGGGCCAAGAAGGCAACGAAAUCAUGUACGAUCUUUUGCUUGACCAAGCAUGGAGAAAGGAGGCUAUUGAGACCGACAAGUAUUUUUCUGACUGGGUUACGGUUCGCUAUGGAGCGGAUCACAAAGAGAUCCCCGAGAAUCUGUAUACUGCUUGGGACAAGGUCCGCUCUACCGUCUACAACAAUACCGAUUCUUCCGUCACAGCAGUUACCAAGUCCAUCUUUGAGCUGGCCCCCAGCAUCAGCGGUCUAGUCAACCGAACCGGCCACCACCCCACCAAGAUCACCUACGACACAAAGACGCUCAUCAGCGCCUGGAACGACAUGUUCAGCGCUGGUGAUCAGGCUAGGUGGCUUUUUGACAAUGAAGCCUACCGCUACGAUCUCACCGACUGGACCCGCCAGGUGCUCGCCAACGCUUUCGAGGCGACGUACAAUAAGCUCGUGGAAAAGUACAAGAGCAACAAUACCAAGGGCGUCAAGUGCGCCGGCGACAGACUUCAGGCGAUCCUCCAGACAAUGGACCAGGUACUCGACACCAACCCCAGCUUUAAACUAUCCACCUGGAUUCAGGCGGCCCGUAAGAGCGGCGGCGAGGCUGCUGACUUUUUCGAGUACAACGCCCGCAACCAGGUCACGCUCUGGGGCCCCAACGGCGAGAUUGAGGACUACGCCUCUAAGCAGUGGGCAGGCCUCGUUGGCAACUACUAUGCUCACCGCUGGCAGAUGUUUGUUGACUACCUUGUGGCGACGGACCCCAAAGAAUAUGACCAAAACGUGUUCAAGAAGAAACUGAGGGAGUGGGAGACGCAGUGGAACAAUAAGACCACGCAUGAAUCGGUCAAUGUUGACGCCGGAAAGAAUGACAUGCAAAUUGUCAUGCGCGACACGGCAAAGAAUCUAAUGGACAUUUUCAACUUGUAA